CGUCCGAUGAGGAUCGCCUGCCAAACGGCCAGGCCGAUCGUCAGUCGACCGGUUAUCAUUCGCACGUUCGAUAUUUUCGCGCGUUACUCGUGUCGCUGACUAUUCCCAGAAAAUAAUCUACACUCCUGUGGAGACACGUCGAGAAUCGUCUCAAGGAUGAGAAUUUUUACCUCAAAAGUUCACUGAAACACUGCCAGCCUUUUCGUCGUGAGGACCCUCGUGAAGGAUCGAGCCAUGGGCCGCACAGGAUACACGUGCAUCAGGCACGUCUUCUGUUCCCUCAACGUUCUCAUUUGGUUAUGCGCUUGCGGAAUUUUGGGUGCAGGCCUCUGGCUACGAUUGGCAUACUCCGGAUACACGGCCUUGGUGCCGCACUACAGUUUCGCGUCAGCUGACUUGCUGCUGCUGGCCGCCGGAUGCGUGACCUUCGUGAUCGCCUUCUUCGGAUGCUGCGGUGCAUGGUUUCAAUCUAGAUGCAUGCUGAUCACGUACUUCGGCCUGGUGAUACUGAUGUUCCUGGCUGAAUUUAUGCUGGGCACCCUGGCCUUCAUCUUCAGGGAACGUCUGGCGCAGAGCUUGAAGGAGGAGCUGCUCUUCGGGAUCGAGAAACAUUACAAUUUGACCAGGGAGCCUGGAACACUUCCUGCUAUAUGGGACCACAUACACUCGGAGUUCCACUGUUGCGGCGUGGAGGACUACAUGGACUGGUACCAGAUCGACGCCUGGCCAACGGAGGACCGCGUACCGGACUCCUGUUGCAUAAAGAGAGAACGGUACUGCGGUCGCCUCGACCCUGAGGAACGAAACAAGGAGCUCUGGUACAAGGAAGGCUGCGCCUCGGCGAUACAGAUGUGGUUGGUAACGAGGCUGCACGUGGUCGGGACCGUUGGUCUCGUCGUCGCUUUUCUUCAGCUGUUUGGACAGGUGGCAAGCAUGAUCCUCUUCUGCACCGUCAGGCACAAGAGGUCCUCUCACACGUACAAGAGCUACGACACGACGAACACCUAGAAUUUCAGAUGGAUCUUAGACGAGACCAGUGUCUAAGAUCCAUCGAACCAAACGAAAAAAAAAGUAAAAA